AUGGGGCAAUGGAUACUGACAACAGACCCACCCUCGAUGCAUGCGGGCUCGACAGUCCUCUUUCCCGCCCUCGUUCCGACGCCCGUCACUUACGUGCCAUCCUCGAGCCAUUCGAGGCUCCCUGUGACUUUACACGACUUAGGCCGAGCAUCUAUUCGGCAUGGCGCCCAGUCAGAUAAGCCCGAGUCGCCCUUCCAUCCGCCUGUCCCCGUCCAAUCCCACUCCCGAAAUAACUCGCGUUCAACUUCAGUUGACAGAAUCCCUGGCUCCGUCUACCAGCAACUCGACCCUCUCCUCAGCAACCUCUCUCCCGAAUCAACUCUCCAAGCUCUCACAUCAACGGACGCAGUCCCCUCGAACGAACAAGCCGCUCAUGAUAUCCUCUCACGAAGUAUCUCCCAGGUGUCGCCGUCGGAACGCGCUCUAGGGAUACGCGCCGCGGUAGCUGCCCAAAACUUGAACUUAUGGCACAAAGAGGUUCAAUCAUGGGAUUGGCCAAACCAGCGCGACGCGAAGGUGGGGAUGGGCUUCAUUCCUCCACAUCAGUCGCACACUGGGGGAAAUCCCACCCCCGUGGUCGAGCGAUACGAGAAGAGAGCCGACGAAAUCCGUGAUGGAAUGGACGAUCUUAACGUGGAAGAAUUAAAGGAACACGUUUUGAAUGCCCACAUUCCAUCUCAGGUCUCGGCCCUCGUCCGCCACAAGCUGCGCGUCCCUGUUAUUACCGCGACAAUUCUGCGAGCUCUCCCACAUCUAUCGCGACUGAACGCCCUACUUGCCACUUGGGAAGUUCGCAUUUUUGUCUUACGCCAAAUUCCUGGUCUGCUGCGAGAGCUGAGCUUGACCCGCUCUGCCCUUGACUCCUCCCUCCACGCCUUACGAACCCCGCAUUCCUCUGCCUUCGGCCCGAGCGAAUUCUCCGACGCGUCCCUAGCUGCCAAUCAUGUUAAACUGGAAUCCGCGGUUGUGGCUGUGGGGAGGCGGAUGGACCGAGUUCUCGAUGCAUUGGAGGGUCGUCCGGAUUCGUUGCCCGAACAAUGGAUUGAUGACUUAGAAGCCAUCGAGUCUGACUUUGCUGCGUGGGUGGUAGAGGCCGAUAAAUACAAGGUUCACAGCGCGUUGUUGCGGUCACAAGCCGAGGCUCAAAUGGCUGAGAUGUGCGCAGCCGAGCUCCAGCGCGCAGAGUCAUUGGAGGAAAUACGACAGGACCCAGCAUCCGAUUCAGCUGGAUCAGAACCUUCAGAUGAUCUCUGUUCCACUCAGGAGCAUGUCAUCGAAAAUGAGCCUGAACUUCAGUGUGAUCUUAAACUCUCGCCCGGUGAUGCAAAGCCGACUAGCUCACAAUCUGUUGAAGAAUCAACGGUGCCUCUUCAAGAGACGCCACUUCCUGCAGAUUGCGUGAAAGGGGAUGCCUCACCGAACUCACAACUCUCGAUAUCUUCUUUAUCAAAGUCUCCAAUCGCAGAGAAGCAAGAAGAUCUCACACCUGUGGUUGUGGCAGAGGAUCUAGACACACCAACACAGUCCGACUUCCCACCCGAUCCUGCGAUCAGUCGAAAGCCCUUUUCAGCUCCUGUACAUACGCCUCGCGCAAUUGAUCGCACCUCGGAAAACAAAGAAAAUAUUCCCCCGCUCGGCUUCCAGCAGCUUGACGGAGCUGUGUCACCUCCCGGCCAAGCUUCGACAAGAGCAAGUCCAUUAUCCGAGCAUAGUGCUCUGGCCGAAGAUCCUUGCGUUCAACACUCCGCUGCACCUGAGAUGGAAGUCAAACGUGCUAAGGUUGUCGUUCCUGCUGGUGUACCUGCCGGGGAAGAGUUAACAACCUCUGCUAGUCACAAAGACUUGCCUGAUGACACUGUCGUUGAUGGAAAUGCAAGAAACUCCGACGAGCAAGGAAAGCAAUCUGCUCCACACUCCCAGCCAACCGAAGUCAGUCCUGAGCCUAGAACUAUUGGUUCCCCCGUCGGCCAAGAUCCCAACUCGCCGAACGGGCCGAGUGGACAGACUCAGUGUGAUACUCCGGUGGCAGCAACUAUCUCUCCGGUGCUCACGCCAAACAGGUCAGAGAUCCGAGUGCCGAAAUCGAGACCCUUUGGCUGGGUUUCCCAAAUACCCAUGGCUGUAGCAUCACCUAAGUCGGGCUCAAAUCCUACGGCCACGAAGUCUUACCAGCCGUCGAAUGAUGGGAUAACAGAAUCCUGUCAACAGACGGUUCGCAAGCCGUUACAGAGCCCUAUUAAACUUUCUAAAUUCCGCCCAGGCAAGCCUGAUCUCGACAAAGAUGGCAAAGUGCACCAAAUUACGCAUCGUCGUCGGACAUCUACUGGUUCUGUAGGUUCCUUGCUUUCAGACCAUUCCUCCCUCAUAUCCAGUCCUGAGGCACCCGAGCCGCGCACAGCUUCCUCUAAUGUGACACCUUUUCGGCCAUCGUCUCGCUCAGAAUCUACACAUGCUCCUUUCCAUGGGGACUAUACCUUGAGAGAGGAUCGCCUCCGUCGUUUGGAAAACCAAAAGCCCGACCCGCGAGUCUCCUUCCAACAGAGUCGCACGGUCAGCCUGCCUCUCGAGCGUUUUAUCAAUGAACGCUUGGAGUUGGGCCUUGGAAGCGAAUCGGCGCCAGGUGUGGCUAGUGUGAAACCGUCUAGGACUAGCACACACUCUGUUACAUCUGGCGACUUCCCCGAACCCCCAAAGACACGAAGCAAAAUCAAAUCCCAGGAUACUUCUGCUGCAUCCGUUGCACCAGUUCCACGUCUCCCUACUCACCGUCAUCAACUGUCACGAGGGAAGUCCGCAACCGACUUGAAUUCUCAACAUGAGAUGGCAAGAAUUGCGGAACGGAACAAAAAGACAUUCGGGAUGAAUUCCGCCCGAAGAGCCAUGGAACACCUUCUUCAGCCCAAGUCCCUCCGAUGGCGGCAGCGACUGACUGCCCAUCCAAGUCUCGAAAGUCUGGGUGUGAAGAGACAAGAGCUGUCCUAUGUAGAAGAGCAUGGAUCUGAACCUACCGAUUUUGGUUUCCGCGCUUCCUCGCCAACCAAACAGAGCAAGCAACCGCGAGACCAGCUCGACGAAAAGGUUAACUCCAUUCUCAACUCGUUGCCUGGUCAUAUCCAUAUGGUCGACUCCAACCACGAAGCGGACACAUCCUCAUCCUCGUCAUCCUUAGACAGACGAAUGCGGUACCGAUCCGAAUCCCCCACUGGUUCAGCUCGGAACAAUAUUCCCGCAAAUUCUCUGACGUUGAUGCCAGCUGCCCGGAGACGGCAUUCCCAUGCCUACAAGACAGAGGACAGCUGUGUCAAACUGUAUCACCUCCAUCACGGGGGCCAGUCCGCACCGACAAAACUGUUCGUCCGCACUGUCGGAGAAGAAGGGCAGCGAGUGAUGGUUCGUGUCGGCGGUGGAUGGGCUGACCUUGGCGAAUACCUUCGCGAAUACGUCAUUCAUCACGGUCGCCGUAAGGUUUCUGAGACGCCCCGUGUGGAGGUGCAGGGGAUAAAAACACGUUCAUCGCCGUCUUACGCUUCUCCGGGUACUAUGUUGUCCCCCGCUACCCCAUAUCUUGCCUCCGGCCGGGCUACCCCCUCCCGACCACCAUCCGUGCUCGGUGCUCGGCCACCUUCAUCACUUACUGUUCACAAGAAACGACGAGGCUCAACCGCAUCCGACGCAAUGGGCACUAGGGCAGUGACAACGGGCCAUAUUUCCUCCUUCACCUCACCCCCACCAACGGCCGCCCCUCUCCCUUCUUCGGCCGGCAGACGUCUUUCGGUGUCUUCCGGCUAUUCAAUCGGGGACGCCCACUCCCCCGGCAACACCGCUACUGCCCCAAUUGCCAGCGACUCCCGUUCCACGCCGCUGGGCUUAGCUGGUCCCAAACCGCGUGCUCGGUACGAAUCCAUGAGCCCAGAGGGCGAAGCCUGGGUUGCAGAUGUUCUCCAAAAGACACGCCGCUCCAGCUCCCUGAACCCACCCCAGUUCGCACUGAGUAUGCCGCCGGGCCAUGAUGCUGAUGACCGAUCUGAGAUUGGCGACGGCAGCGUGGUUGGACACCCCUUGCCGAAAGUCCGCAGUAUUGGCGAUAUCGGAUCUAUCGGCACCAGCAGGCGAGUCGUGCUGAAAGGUCUUGGGUCUCGCAGGCCAUGA